AUGCGACAGCCAAGCCCGAGCCGGGAAUCCUGGAGGGCGCCUUCUCCAGCAUCGGCUCGCAGACGGAGUGCUUGAAGGCGCGCGCCUUCCUCAACAUGAGCGGUAAGGACGCCUUCCAGAGGCCCUGGCACGUCGACCACGUUCAAGGCAGCUUCUGCAAGAUCCGCUACCGGAUAGGACUCCGGGAGAUGCUCAGCGCGCUCGAAGAAGGACGCGCGUCUCCAAGCAUGAUCGACCUUAUCGACGGCGUACUCGGAGAAGACCGCUACCUCUUGGGGGAAAUUGAGAACGUUGUGGAAGACUUCCCCGGAUUCUUUGGAAUGUGCGUCCCAUCAUCGUGCUCGGAAAAGGACAUACAAUCAAUCUUCACUUUCAUUACGCCAAUUGUGAAAAGCUUCACCAACGUCUCCAUAUCGGUGCAAGUUACCGCGUGCAUGACCCGUGAGCAAGUGGAAGCGAUAGACUGGACACCAUCCUUCUUCGCAGCAUUGGUGGCGCUUGGAAUCAUCCUGUUCUUCGUGGUCAUUGGAUCGCUGCUUUCUCUUUUGGACAACUUGAAACCGACUCGGAACAGCAGUCAUGUGACGCAGAACAGUUGUGUGGGCGACCUGUUCCGGUGCUUCUCGGCGCCGAGAAACGUGCGGCGCCUGCUCAGCACGGACGACGAGCGCGCCGAGAUGGCCAGCGUGGUCGGCCUGCGCGCCCUCAGCGUCGUCUGGUUCCUCAUGGGCCACUUUCUGCUGCUGCACUCCAUGAUGCUCACCAAGAACUUGACAAUGCUGAAGGACAAGAUCAAGGACAUCACCAUACAGUUUAUCGUCAACUUCACUCCUGCCGGAGACACCAUCAUCUGCCUGCUGGGUCUCAUGAUGGUCUACGUGUGCAACCGCCGACUUCAAGAGGAGAAAGCUGUGCGGGCCAAACGCUAUGUGCUCAAGUACCUGCUUCAUCGAGUAAUCAGGUUGGCGCCCCUGAUGGUGUUAACCACAGUGCUACUGGCCCCGGUGUUUCCCCAACUGGGCCAGGGUCCGACGUGGGAGUACGAAUCUGGACGUAUGGUGGGCCAGUGCCGCAGCAGCUGGUGGCUCAACGUGUUGCACAUCAACAACUUCUUCCCCAGGAAGCAGCAGUGCCUGGAGCACACCUGGUUGUUCGCGCUCAUGAUGCAGUUCACUAUGGCCGGAGCACUUCUCGUGCCCGUAUUCUACCAUCGGCCAGUGGUGGGUCGUGUGCUGGCCAUUAGCGGCAUUGUGGCAUCCAUCGCACUGACCUUCCUCUUCACACUGCUUCAUGACCUAGGACCGACCUGGUUGUUCCGCGAGUACAAGCCCGGAACACGGGACACCUAUGCGGAAAUGAUCUACGUGCGGCCUUACACAAGAGUCGGUGCCUUUUUCUUCGGAACGCUGGCGGGCGAACUUCUCUCCCACCGAAAGAAGAUUACCAUCAACAAGGGGCUGGUGUGUCUUGGCUGGCUGUGCUGCCUGGGCACUCUGUUAGCGCUCAUCCACGCGCCGUUCAAGUGGAACCGUGGCCUGGAGUUGCCUUUCACCGAGGCGUCGGCCACGUACGGGGCCUUUUCGCGAGUACUCUGGGGUGCUUCCAUCUGCUGGGUGGUCGUCGCCUGUGCCCACGGCUACGGUGGCUGGCUGAAUGACCUGCUGUCGCUCAAGUGCUGGCAGCCACUGAGCCGUCUCCUCUAUUCGCUCUACAUGGUCAGCCCGCUUGUCAUCGCCUACUCAAACGGAGUACGGGAGCACGCCUACUACCUCUCCUAUGACGCCAUGGCCUACGUGCUGCUGCAUCACUUCGUGCUCAGUCUGGUGGCUGCGGCCAUGCUCUCGCUAUUGUUGGAGCAACCCUUCAUGCACCUCGAGGCUCUUGUGUCCGAGCGGCUGGCCGCAAGGCGCCCACCACCUCCGGAACCCAUGAUCCAAGUGCCGCACAUCGAACGACACUGGCUCGACAAGGGGCACGAGAAUCCCGCAUUCGCCAAAGAGAAGCUCUGACCACCUUCCACACGGGUCGAACGUUGAGCGACCAUGGCUAUAUCCUAUAGGACCACUACCACUACAUUGCACUUACACAUCGAUGAGAGACGUGCUAUUUCUUUCCCUUUCUCAUCUCCAGGUGCACUCACCAGAAAACUACUAUUUCAAAAGCGGCAAACACUUGUUCAAGAAAAUCCCGAAGAUUCACAUGUAUUUAGGACUGGACUGUGGUAGGCCCUUGCUUCUAAAAGUGAAGGCGUCAAAUGUACACUACUGACCAUCCAUAGGCCUUUAAUUCCCGCACCUCCACAGCUCUGUGAAGCGCCUAUUCUAAAAUGGUUAUUCCCAGUUACAGCGCUAUGUGAGGCGAUUUUAUAGGAGGAAAAACACUGUGCAUACAUGUUUUGGUGGAACGUAACAGUAUUUCUAAUAGCCACUGUACUGCAGCAGCUGUUACAUCAAUAAACCUGGAUCUAGUUAAUAGGCUAAUCACCUGUAGCUGUUGGUCACGCUCGCAGCAGAAACAGUUGUGUCAGUCAAAUGUACAUUCUUCAAUAAAAUAAUAAUGAAGGUUUCAGAGAAAGCGGAAAUGAGAGACGCGACAUUCCAGCCAUAGCUGAUGCUAAUUUCUACGCUGCGCCAAGUCUGCAGCGCAUUGCAUGCCUUGUCCCAAGUUAUACGAAUAACGACCGCACUUUGCCUUCAUUCGUGGGCGCGACUUGCCUUAUCGUGACAAGCCUGAUCUUCAGGGCUAAAUCAAGAUAUACAGGGCCUUAAAGGGCCACUUCGGUGAUUUUUCGAUGUCCACUGACCUUAAUAAAAAUUU